UUUAUGCGGGAGAAACUACCCUUUGACUUCUUAGAGAAUAUCGUUCAGUCUCCCUUGCGUUCUCUUAACGACAUGGAUAUCUUCAAGAAUCGUUUCUAUAAAAUUAAUUAUCGUCUCUUAUGCUUCCUUGGUUUGUGGCCAUAUGAAAAAUCUCGUUUAAUCCGUGUUUGCCUGAUGAAUAUACCGAUGCUAUCGUUCAACUUAACACAAAUUCUUAAACUCUAUACUUCUCAAGGAAACUUUGAUAUCAUGAAAGAAGUUAUACCAGUUUGGAUUGUAUCGUCAAUUGUCAUUAUUAAGUAUUAUCUAUUUGAUUUCAGUGUACUCGAUAUUAAAUUGCUUAUGGAUAAUAUGAUAAUGGAUUGGAAUAUGUGGAAGUCCAAGGAAGAGAUUGACAUUAUGAAGAAGUUUGCCCAUUCCGCAAAAAUGUAUACUUUAGGAUACGCAAGUAAGAUUAUAUUUCUUUUUCUAGUAUACAUAUAUAGUUUCAUGUCAUUAUUUCUAUUGGUAACAUUCAUACCACCCUUGAUGGAUGUGAUCAUACCUUUAAACGAGAGUCGUCAUAUGAAAUUACCUACUCCCGCCGAAUACUUCCUUGACGAAGAAAAACAUUUCUAUUUGAUCUAUUGUCAUAUGACCAUUUCAAUAAUAAUCAAUAUAACAACUUUCAUUGCCACUGAUACUCAACUAAUGGUCUUCUGUUGUCACGUUAGUGGUGUAUUUUCCGUAGUAGGUUUUCGUUUGGAAAACUUCCUGAAGGACAACAUGAUUCAGGAUGGAUUAUCUGAUUUUCAAAAAAAAGAAUGUUACAACCAUGUUUCUCUUUCAAUCGAAGGACAUAAGAGAGCUUUAGAGUUCGUCAAACGUAUGGAAUCUUUGUUUUCGUAUUCUUUGCUGAUACAAUGUGGUUUGAACGUUCUUUGUAUGAGCUUCUGUCUUUAUCAAAUAAAUAUAUUGUAUGAUCAAUCAUCAGAAGCAAUUAAAUAUAUUGCAUUAGUAGUUGGCGAGUUACUCCAUUUACUAUUUGCCAGUUUGGCCGGACAAAAUGUAAUAGAUUCCAGCAGCGAAGUUUAUUUUAAAGCUUAUAGCGGCCUCUGGUAUGAAGCACCUAUAGAAGUACGAAAAUUAUUGAUAGUGAUUAUGAAAAGGAGUCUUGAACCUGCUCGUGUGUCAGCCGGAAAAAUAUAUAUCUACUGUCUGGAUGGUUUUUCAACUGUACUUAAACUGUGUACUUCUGAAGGAAAUUUCGAUAUUAUGAAAGAAGUUAUACCUGUUUGGGUUACAUCAUUAAAUGUCGUCAUUAAAUAUUAUACUUUUGAUCUCAGUAUACUUGAUAUUAAAUUGCUUAUGGAUAAUAUGAUGAUGGAUUGGAGUAUGUUGAAGUCCAAGGAAGAGAUUGAGAUUAUGAAGAAGUUCGCUCGUUUGGGAAGAUUGUAUACUUUAGGAUAUACAAUAUACAUAUACAUUUUCAUGUCAUUAUUUCUAUUGGUGACAUUUAUACCACCCUUAAUGGAUAUAAUUAUACCUUUAAACGAGAGUCGUCAUAUGGAAUUACCUGUUCUCGGCGAGUACUUCCUUGACGAAGAGAAACAUUUUUAUUUGAUUUAUUGUCACAUGGCUGUUACAAUAACAAUUAGUAUAACAAUUUUAAUUGCAACUGAUACUCAACUAAUGGUCUUUUGUUGUCAUGUUAGUGGUGCAUUUGCGGUCGUAGGGUUUCGUUUGGAACACUUUUUGAGAAAUGACAUAACUCUGGACGAAUUGUCUGAACUGCAAAGAAGGGAAUGUUACAAACACGUUUCACUAUCUAUUAAUGGACACAAAAGAGCUUUAGAAUUCGUCAAACGCAUGGAAUCUUUGUUUUCGUAUUCUUUGCUAAUGCAAUGUGGUUUGAACAUUGUUUGUAUGAGUAUUUGUCUGUAUCAAAUAAUAAAGUUGUAUGACAACUCGGUAGAAACAAUUAAAUUCAUUGCAUUUUUCAUUGGCGAGUUAAUCCAUUUAUUUGUUACCAGUUUAUCAGGACAAACUAUAAUAGAUCACAGUAGUGACGUUUAUUUUAAAGCUUAUAGUGGCCUUUGGUACGAGGCACCUAUAGAAGUACGUAAAUUAUUGAUAUUGAUAAUGAGGAGAAGCCUUGAACCUUCUCGAUUAACCGCUGGAGACAUAUUUAUCUACUGUCUGGAUGGUUUUGCAACGCCUUUUCAGGGAAAUUACUGGAUAUCUAAGCAAUCAGCGAUACGUCUGAACGCCUAUCAUUCGACUACCAAAGAAUCAAGUAUGUACAUUAUAUAUAUCAAAUGAUUGAUUUUUGUUAAUUAUUAAAAUU